AUGUACAAGAAAUCCUUCGUAGUCCUGGCAUGUGUCCUGGCAGUGGCCUAUGCCGCACCACCGGCCCCCGCCAAACGGCAAUCGGGUGGCGGUGGCGAUGCCGAGGCGACGGUCGUGGUCCAGGAUCAGAUCAUCAACGAGGACGGCUCGUAUGCGUACAACUACGAGACGAGCAACGGCAUCAAGGCGCGCCAGACCAGCGACAAUGGUGUCAACGCGAACGGUGAAUACUCCUUCACGGCACCCGACGGGGCUCAGUACUCGGUCAAGUAUGUGGCCGAUGAGCUAGGAUUCCACCCAGAGGGAGACCAUCUGCCGGUUGAACCUCCGGCGCCCGAGCACGUGAUCAAGCUGCUGGAGGAUCUCCGUGCCAGCCCGCCCUCGGAUCCGGAGUUUAACCUGGCGUCGCUGGAAGCUACGCUGGCCCGUCUGCGUGCCAACCAGGGCUAG